GGGGAGGGGCUGGAUUCCAAGACCUGGCUGAGCCGCAGUGGCGGGGACGUGGGGAAGAUGUACCUGAACCACAUCCAGGAGGUUGUGAACUUCAUCGCGAGCCAGUACCAGGGGCUGCAGGUGCUGCUGUGGGACGACAUGCUGAGGAAGAUCAGCGUAGGAGCCAUCCGAGAGUCUGGCAUAGCCAAGCAGGCCGCCCCGGUGCUGUGGUUCUACGCCCCGGACCUGGACACGGAGCAGAUCGAAACGCUGGUUUCGAAGUACGCGGAGAGCGGCUUCCGAACGGUGUGGUUCGCAAGCGCCUUCAAAGGCACCACGGGCCCCGCGCAGGCCUGGACCCCACUCAGUUACCACCUGAAAAACCACCUCAGCUGGCUGAAGGUGAUGCAGGCCAUGUCCAAGCACCCAGCCGUCAGGCUCCAGGGAAUCGCCCUCACUGGCUGGCAGAGGUGA